UUGACACACCGAAGAGACUGUUUCUAAGACUGUUGCUUCCUUUUCAGUGGAUUUGGCCGUGCAUGCUUUGUUGUGUCACCAGCUCGUGGUGAUCAUUAGCUACUGAAGCGGACUAUUCUGACUAAAGGAUUACCAGAUUAAGUGCUGUUGUUGCAAAUGCACUUCUGGUGAACUACUCUCUCUCUUAAGAAACAUCUCGGCCAAUCUCUCUCCUCGGUUUGAGAUCAUGUCUGAGAAACGACGUUCUCCGUGUACUAUGAGCCUCAAAGCGCACGCAUUUUCGGUGGAAGCGCUCAUUGGCACGGAGAAAAAAAGAAAGCUGGAGGAGGACGACGAAAACUGUUUUGAGGAGAUAAACGAGGUGUCGAACCUGACAGAAAGUCCGCAACCCCGAGCUGAGGGAACUUGCCCUAGCACCAGGAUUUGCGAGAUAGACUGUGCAAGCGACGAAUCCCCUGGGUCUGAGGACGUGUUGUUGGAUAGCCCACAGUCUGCAUCCCAGGGCGCACAAUCAGGCACGAGCUCCGGAGAGGAGAUGCGCGUGGACCUGCAGGGCUCAGAUUUAUGGAAGCGAUUCCACGAGAUAGGAACGGAAAUGAUCAUCACCAAAGCCGGCAGACGAAUGUUUCCCGCGAUGCGUGUUAAGAUUGCUGGACUGGAUCCUCAUCAACAAUAUUAUAUCGCAAUGGAUAUUGUUCCUGUGGACAACAAACGGUACAGGUACGUCUACCACAGCUCAAAGUGGAUGGUGGCGGGCAAUGCCGAUUCUCCAGUCCCGCCACGUGUCUACAUUCAUCCCGAUUCGCCUGCUUCCGGUGAGACCUGGAUGCGUCAAGUUAUAAGCUUCGACAAACUCAAACUGACCAAUAACGAACUCGACGACCAAGGCCAUAUCAUUCUGCACUCCAUGCACAAGUACCAGCCCCGUGUCCAUGUCAUCCGUAAGGAGUGCGGUGAAGAACUCUCACCCGUUAAGGCGGUUCCCACUGGGGACGGUGUCAAAGCAUUCUCUUUUCCCGAAACUGUCUUCACAACGGUGACUGCAUACCAAAACCAACAGAUAACAAGACUGAAAAUCGACCGGAAUCCAUUUGCAAAAGGGUUCAGAGACUCGGGAAGAAACAGGAUGGGAUUAGAGGCUCUGGUAGAGUCGUAUGCGUUCUGGCGACCCUCGCUGAGAACUCUGACAUUUGAGGACAUUCCUGGAAUCACUAAACAAGGUGCAGCUGGCGUGGUGGGGUCCUCAGCACACACGCAUCUGUUUUCAUCAUCCUCAUGCUCUUCCCCUACAUUCCAUCUGGGUUCUGGGGUGGGGCCAGUGUGCGAUUACUCUACCUGCAGUCGAACAAGUCACCCACUCCAUCGCUAUGCCCCACCGCUUUCGGCAGACUCCUAUAGUCGAUUGGCUAGCCCUGCAGCAGAUGUGUUUUCCACCCCCCGAAGCUCCACUUAUGUCAGUGGGACUGAAGCUGAGGCUUUCUCCUGCACCCAGACUGGCCUGCCAAUCCAGAUUCACACCAUGCCAAGCACAACCACACAGCUGCAGUACCUAAUGCCCGGCCAUACUCAUAAUGCAUUUUCCUCUAAUCAGAGCACACCAGGAUCCUACAAUGGGUUCCGCCUGCACAGUCCAUAUGGUCUCUAUGGUUACAACUUCUCCACUUCUCCUCGGUUGGCCACCAGCCCUGAAAAAGUAGCUGCCACACAAAGUUCAUUUCUUGGCUCCUCCCCUAGUGGGACACUGACAGACAGGCAGGUUCUAUCCACUGGGGAUGGUCUGCACAUGCUCAGUAGUAGUCAGCAGAAUCUGUUUGACUCACGGACUUUGGGGCUGACAAGCUCAUCCUCCUAGGUAACUGUCAACAUGGCUUGAUUGGUGACCAAAAAACUUUGACGCUCUGCAACAGAGUUCAUAGGCAAAUGGACAGAACUCUGUUGAGAAUGUGUUCUUUGAGCAUAACCCCUGAAAUUGCUAAGUAAAUGGUUUUGGGACUAGCCAAUAGCAUACAGUAAUUUAUAACCUUUUGGAUAUCAAAAAGAGGGAGAGAGAUACUGCUAAGUGAGAGACUUAAACGAAAUGAGAGAAACCUGCAGUCUCAAUUAUUCCAUAAAUGACAGCUGAAGAACAUUGAGGAUAUUUUAAUAGACAUUAUGUCUUAAAAAGUCAUUCUGAUGAAGCAGCACCGACCAUUAUUGGACAUCAGGGUAUUGAAGUGCCUGAAGAAUCACAUGGGAAACCCAGAAACACCAAACACUUACACUACAAACACACACCGUUCCUUGGCACAAACCGGACAUCUGGAUCAUGGUUCAAUGAGACCGGUGAAUUGAACUGAUGGUAGGAGUGUGGGGAGUUUAACUGUGAUUGUUGUGAGGCUGGACUCUUCAGCUCCUUUAUAUGGCAAUAAGUUUGGUACUUAAGGGAGUGUAAGAAUUGCCGAGUGAAAAAACGAAAAGAAUGCUGAAUAAAAUCAGUUGUUAAAUUCCAAGGUACUGUUCCAGUUUUGGUUGAAAUGACAGUGGUCACUAUAUAUUGCUAGGGGACAAUCAGCAGGUAACUACUCAAUUUUUGAGCAUUCAGCGUCUUUAGCAGGUAAUGUUGUUUAAUUUGACACUGGAUUAGGGUUGGAAAAAGGAAAUGUGGCCUAGUGUUUACAAAAUCUCUCCCAGUUAAAGGUUUUUUUUGGAUCAGCACUGCUGUCUUGUGCCUUGGAACAGACUGGGCAGAAGGAAAUCUGAUCCAAGAUGAUAAUUCUCACACUUUAUAAAUAUAACCAUUGGCAUUCUUCAGAAGGAUUAUAGUUCUGCCAUGAGAUACAUGCUGAUUCCAGGUCCACACUCUUACUCUACAUGAUCCAAGGACUGAAUAGAACACUUUGUUUCUGUUUUUGUUCCAGACAUGUUAGAUUUUGCUAUGCAUGUCUUUUUAAUGUAAUUCUUCACAUGUAUGGGGAAUAUGAAUAAUAUUGAUACUGUGUAAAGUUUUCACUUGCACUUAUGUAAAAUACUUGCUUUUUAAAAGUUGGGCUUUGCCAGAGUGGCAACAACAGACAUUUCCUUCAUUUUUGACUCUUGUUGGCCUGGGAAUAAGAAUAUUUUGAGCCAAAUAAAAUAUACCUAGUAGGCUAU